AUGAUGCUCGCCGUCGGGCAGGGCGUUGCCUGUGCGGCCUCCCGAUCAAGUUUUGGCAGCGGAUAUGCAUGGUCGUCUGUGAGCUCCGGGCUCAGCUGCCAUGGUCCAAAGCGGCAGUCAGUAGUAGUCAACCAUCGUCGACGGAGUGCUUCUGCCAUUUCCACCAGAGAGUCUGAUCAGGCGCCGGUUCUGCUGUUAUUUCCGCGCGCGCAUGGCCCAGAUGGGCGCUCGCACGACUAUGGCAGCCAUGAGGGCAUCGCAAUCUUCUCCUGCGCAAGCAUCCGCCUAUCCACGCGUGCGCAACGCGACCGCCGUGGCCGACAGUCAGCUUAG